CGAUUAAUUGCGCAACUUAUAUUUAAAUAUACACUGUCGCAAAACUAUAACACAUGUGUGCUAAUUUAAAUUUGAAGCCAAAAUAAUGUUAUUUGAGUCCGUUUUAGGCUUCUCUUGGAUUGUAUAUUUGUGGGAAUCGUAUUUAUCUAAACGCCAACAUUCAAUUUACGUUAACGUACAAAGUGUUCCGAAAGAACUAACUUCUGUUAUUGACCAAUCUACGUUCGACAAAUCGCGUCGUUAUGCCCUGGAUAAAAGCACCUAUGGAUUUUGGAAUGGUCUCUAUUCACAAAUUGAAAGCACGGCGAUUCUCUGGUUAGGGGGAUUACCCUUCCUAUGGGCUGCUUCAGGUGUUGUGCUUGAAAAGUUAGGAUACAAUUCUGAACAUGAGAUUCUUCAUUCACUUGUAUUUACUUUGCUUGGAAGUUUAUUUGGUUUGGUAACGGAGCUACCGUGGUCUCUGUAUUUCACAUUUGUGGUGGAGGAAAGACAUGGAUUCAAUAAAAUGACAUUGGGAUUUUUCCUCAAAGACUCUGUAAAAAAGACUCUGGUCUCCCAAGCCAUAUCUCUACCACUAACAGCAUUAAUUAUUUAUGUUGUAAAAGUUGGCGGAGAUUAUUUCUUCGUGUACGCUUGGUUGCUUGUACUCUGUAUUUCAAUGGUACUUCUUCAUAUAUAUCCUGAAUUCAUUGCCCCAUUGUUUGACAAGUACAAUCCAUUACCAGAUGGGGAACUGAAAACUAAAAUCAAUGAGUUAGCCCAAUCAUUAGAUUUUCCAUUACAAAAGCUGUAUGUAGUUGAAGGUUCAAAAAGGUCAGCCCACAGCAAUGCUUAUAUGUACGGCUUCCAUAAAAACAAACGUAUCGUGCUCUUUGACACUCUACUAGAAGACUACACCCCAGUUGGCCGGACAGACCAAACGAACUCGGAUUCCACAGAAGUUCCUGAAAGUGAUCGCGAAGAAAGUAAUUCUGGUAAAGGGGAAGACGUAAACAAAACAGAUAAGGAUUGUGAAACAAAGAAGAUUGGUUGCAACACUGAAGAAGUUGUGGCAGUGCUUGGGCAUGAACUUGGUCACUGGAAGUUUUCACAUAUGCUUAAGAACAUUGUGAUAAUGCAGGGUAGCAUCCUGUUUUCAUUCUUUGUAUUCGGUCAACUAAUGAACAAUAAGCAAAUAUUUGCUGCAUUUGGUUUUAUUGACCAACAACCAAUAUUGAUUCGACUCUACAUUGUUUUCAGCUUCAUAUUUUCACCAAUUAAUGAGAUUGAGUCCUUCCUAAUGCACAUACUCAGCAGAAGGUUUGAAUUCCAAGCAGAUGAAUUUGCUGUUAACUUGGGCAAACGUGAAAAGUUAAAAUCAGCCCUGUUGAAACUUUUCAAGGACAACCUAGCCUUCCCUGUAGCUGACUGGAUGUAUUCAGCUCGUCAUUAUAGCCACCCACCCCUUUUAGAAAGGUUAAGGGCAAUGGACCAAUACAAACCAAAACAAGAGUGAUGUAUUUACAAAUACCAGUGUAACUUUUGACGAAUAAAAGUCAUUUUAUGUCAGUAACUUGUAUUUGCAAUUUGGCUCAAGUUUCACCUCGGUAAACAGGUUGAUUAAAUGCAUCAAUAUCAACCAAAACAAGAGUGAUGUAUUUACAAAUACUGGUGUAACUCUUAAUGAAUAAAAGUCAUUUUAUGUCAGAAACGUGUUGAGUAUUUGCAAUUUGGCUUUACUUUUACUUAAGGAAACACGCUGAUUAUAAAUUCAUUAAACUUGUUAAGUAAUGAUAUCUAGUACUUUCUUUAUGUGUUGUUCAAAUCUUUAGACAUUCAGAAUAAACAAUCUACAAAUUU